AUGUCGUUGUCGAAUCCCGUUCUUCCUCUUGUUGAAGAGUUAAUUCUCGCAAACACUACCAACACAACAUCAUCAACAACCUCUCUAUUUGGUGAAUACAACAUUUUAGUGGUGGCAUUGGUUGCACCAUUCAUUGUUGUGUUUGCCGUGUUGUUCGUCAUUAGUUGUGUUAGCUUUUUCCUCCAAAGAGCCAAAAUGAAACGAAAACAAUUCCUCUUGUUUACAUUGCUGUUGGUGCUCUGUUUGUCCGCAACCUUCUCGAACAUGUUCAGAAUUAGCUCCGAGCUCGCAUACUUGCAUCCAAUUCCUGAGCAAGCAAUGCUUUUGAAUAAUGGCAUCAAAACUGUUGAUAGAUUCCUUGUGUCUGUAUUAAUUUAUGUACAAAUUCUAAUACUUGCAUUGAUUUGUUCGGUGUUUAUGGAAACGACAAAAGCAACAGGAUUUGUUACUAAACCCGUGUACAGAGCAUCCUAUUUUGCUCUUUUUGGCAUUCUAGUUGCACUUUUUGUCAUUCUACUGUUGAAUAACAUUGCGAUUUUCACAUUUCAUGGAUUAAGAGGAUCACCUGUCCAAAUAUUAGAUGCUUCUCAAACGAACGAGUUCCAGAAAUCGAUUUUCAUUGCACCUUGUAUUAUUUUCUUUCUUUCAUUCUUUGCUAUAUCAGCAAUCCUUAAUGUGUAUGGAUUCAAAUUGUAUCAUUCUCUACAAAAAAGUAAGGCAAAGCUCAUCAAAAUAUUCGUUAAGCAACAACAGGCUUUUCAGGGCAUUGCUGAAUCUCUUUCUCCCCUGCCUUUACAAAGUAUGGACUCACUCACAACCGAUUCUCCCAGAAAGAGUAUUCCCAACAGUACAAGUAACAGCACGACGAAUGACAGCUCCCAAAGUACAUUGUCACCCAUGACAAUGCCAUCCACUCCAACAGUCUCUGUGGACGAUUUGAAGUUUUCAGCUGAACAAGAAAAAAUCUAUGAGUUCAAGAAGGCAGCUUUGCGAAGAGCUCUUAUCAUUCAACUAGGGUUGAGUGCAUGUUUAUUUGUGCAGUCCAUUGGUGUCUUGUUCAUUUCCGUUGGAGUUCUUUGGAGAUACUUGCUGCUCUUCUUUUACAUGUUUAUGAAUCUUGGAAUGUGUUUCUUUGUGAUUUUACUUCUUGUAAUUUAUAGUCCUUUGAGAGAAGUUCAAAGGCUCGUAAGAACACCAAGCGACCAAAACUUAGCAAAACAAACUACUUCAAAAACUGUUGUGUAA